UUUUAAAAUUAUCUUUGAACUAAAUCAUAAAGAUUAUGGAAUCUCUUUUGGAGGUUUUUCAAACAACAAAAAACCCUUUCUCUCCAGGACGGCUUAAAUAUGUCUGUGUUCAAGAAAAGGAGGGAAAAAAACUAGAAAACCUACUAACUCCUUCUUCUGGUCCUCAGAUUCAGUGAGAGAAUAAAAGAAGGAAAGGAGAGUGCAAAAGGAAAAAGAGGAAUAAAAGGAUAGGAAAGUCUCUUGGCCACAUGGGUGCCAAAGGUUUUUACUAAAAUUUUCUGCAUCAGCAAAUUCAGACAUCUCACUUUCUGGCCUAGAUCCCAGUGCAGUUGUGGCGUUGAGAUCCGCCUCUGGCAGAUGUGCCAGGAAUACUGCACUGCAGUCAUGGAUUUAGGGAGGGAAGGAGGCCACGUCCCUGGCUCACUGGAAGAAGUAGAGGAGAAACAACUCUACUGUUGUAUCUUGUGGUUUUACACAACUCAGCUUAAAAACAAGAAAACAAGCUCCCUAGAAAAUGGGAGGGAUUUGGCAGGCCCCUCUAACUUCAGGAACAUUAUGUUCCUUCCAGAGUGUCUUGAAUAACGGAAAUGGAGGGACUUAGGGGAGGGGAGGAGCAGACAGAAGGACUGGAAAUAACAUUUUUCCCCCCUGUUAAAUAAGCUUUGCCUGUAAAUUAAUAUGUAAGAAAUUCAGGAUGAUUUAUAUACACCUAAAACAUCUUCAUUUAUGCAAAUGGCCCUUCCCAAUCCUCUUAAGUACAAUUAUUCCCAAAAGUUGCUUGUUUCCAGAGAAAGGAAUGCCACAGAACCAUCUGAGGGUCUCGCCUUGAGAAUGUGCUGCAGUAAUAUUUAGAAAAAAAAUUAACCAUGUCUCUUAGGAAAAGGGAAUCUAAGCUCUGGUCCUGGCCCCAAGUUAAGGAUCUAGUUUUCUCUGGUACAGAGUUUCCUUUCAGUCAAUCAGAGGCUAUCCUCCCCAGAGGAAUCUGACAAAGGGUAUUUUUGAGAAGCAUCAUUGGAGUUUCCCAAGAGAUGGGUUGGAGGGGCAGUGACGUAAGUUCUCCAGCUGCCUGAAAGGCACAGCUCUUAGUUAUUUUGAAUAACCAGGGAAGCCGCAGCUGAACCAAAUCUGGAGGGUGUUUAACAUAGUCCUAUAGGAGGAAAAAAGGGAAUAAUUCUCCAAAAUGUCUACACAUAACAAGGUCAAAGUUUUCUUAAUUUCUUUGAGUAUGGUCACUUUUGUGAUUAUGGUGGUGAUGAAUGGUGCAGCAGGUUCUGGAGCAUUCAAAGGUAUAUUCCAGAGAACUGUUGGAAACAUCUCCAACAAGUACAACACUGAUGUGACUCCAGCUGGCUGGACCUUCCUCAUUUGGAACAUCAUCUAUUUGUGGCAAUUAGCUUGGCUUGGCUAUGCUCUAUCCGGAAUCUGCAGAAGGAACGAACUUGGAUGGUUCUAUGUGAAACCAGAUGUCUUGCCAACUCCGUUUUACUUGGUAUGGAUCCUGAAUAACGCCUUGAAUGUUGGGUGGCUGUUUCUAUGGGACAAAGAAUGCCUCAGCCAUGCUCUGCUUGUCCUCACAGGGCUCACAGUGUCCAAUUACGCGAUUCUCUUCCUGGCUUGUCGAGGACUCAGUUCCCACAGACUUUGGCUGCAGAGUCACCACAGGACAGACCUGUGGCUCCUCCGCGUUCUGGUGCAGAAUGGAAUUGCACUUUAUGCUACAUGGACCACAGUGGCAACGCUCUUGAACUUUGCAAUUGUGUUAAUCUACACGGUGGGGGUGGCCAAUUCAACUUCCACUACUGUUGUCCUGUCUAUUUUGCUCAUGCUGUUGGUGCUCUGGUUUUACCUGGAAAAUUUCCUCCUGGAUAAAUAUGUACAUUACAUCCUCGUUGUGUAUCCGGUGGUCAUGAUUGCAUUAACUGGCAAUAUUGCUCAGCAUUAUGAUCCAUCUGCUCCAAGCACAAACAACAUUUUUACAGUUGUCCUUUUAGUUGUGACAAGUGUGAUGUUUUUGGUUCGGCUUGGCCUGGUAACCUGCAGACAUCGCUAUCAGCGGCUUUGGAAAGAUCCUCAAAGAGGCUGAGGACGACCUCAGGAAAAGCAGCUGCAGAUCU